GAGAGUUGAAUGAUUGAACUUUCUUGUUUAGUUUCUGCAGCGCGGAGCUUUCCCCCCCAGUCCAGUCCAGCACCAGCUCGGUGCGCGGGAGCUUAUCCGGGCGGCUCUUGCGCUCAGCUGCACCCCUGCUCCCCCUCCGCACCCACCCGCCCGCUGCGCGAUGGUGCGAAAGGAUCCCGCUGUGGCGCUGACCCUUUGCCUUUGGAUUACGGCUUCCUGGGGCUGCCUGGCUGCGGCUGCCGGGGUGGCUGCAGCGCGCAAGCAGGACGAGUCUUUCUCCGCUGUCAGUGUCUACAGAGCCAGAUGCACCUCCAGGUGCCUGAGCCUGCAGAUCACUCGCAUAUCUGCCUUCUUCAAGCAUUUCCAGAACAAUGGCUCCCUGAUUUGGUGCCAGAAUCACAAACAGUGUUCAAAGUGCCUGGAGCCCUGCAAAGAAUCUUGGGACCUGAAGAAAAAUCAUUGCCAAAGUUUCUGUGAGCCUCUUUUCCCCAAGAAGAACUAUGAAUGCCUAACUAGCUGUGAAUUCCUCAAAUACAUCCUCUCUGUGAAGCAAGGAGACUGCCCAGCACCUGAGAAAGCCAGUGGUUUUGCUGCUGCCUGCGUUGAAAGCUGUGAGGCUGACAGUGAAUGUUCUGGGGUGAAGAAAUGCUGUUCCAAUGGAUGUGGACAUACAUGUCAAGUACCAAAAAAUCUGUACAAAGGUGUUCCAUUAAAACCCAGAAAAGAAUUAAGAUUCACAGAACUUCAGUCUGGACAGUUGGAGGUUAAGUGGUCUUCGAAAUUCAAUAUUUCAAUUGAGCCUGUGAUCUAUGUGGUACAGAGGAGAUGGAAUUAUGGAAUCCAUCCCAGUGAGGAUGAUGCUACCAGCUGGCAAACAGUGGCACAGACUACAGAUGAGAGAGUACAACUAUCUGACAUAAGACCCAGGGCUGCCAUUAAUGUGCAUGGGACAAGAGGCUUCACAGCACCUAGCAAGCACUUCCGCUCCUCUAAAGACCCAUCUGCUCCACCAGCCCCAACUAAUCUCAGAAUUGCCAACUCCACUACAAAUAGUGAUGGAAGUGUAACUGUAAGGGUUAUUUGGGAUCUCCCCGAAGAACCUGAUAUCCCAGUUCAUCACUAUAAAGUCUUCUGGAGCUGGACAGUCAGCAGCAAGUCUGUCAUCCCAGCUAAGAAGAAAAGAAGGAAGACUACUGAUGGGUCCCAGAAUUAUGUGGUCCUGGAGGGACUACAACCCAACAGCAACUACAUGGUGGAACUACAGGCAGUAACAUACUGGGGACAAGUGCGACUAAAAAGUGCCAAGGUGUCUCUCUAUUUCAGUUCAACUCAAACAUCUAUUAAUAAAGAACAGACCUCGCCAAUUGGGAAAAUCCAGAAGGGACUAGCUGAUCCUCUUCCACCCUUUCAAAGAAGGAAACCGACUCGUCUUCUUGAAAUUGGAGCUCCUUUCUAUCAGGACAAUCAACUUCAGGUCAAAGUCUACUGGAAGAAGACAGAAGACACUAGCAUGAGUCGAUAUCAUGUCCAGUGGUUCCCAGAAUCCUGUGCGCACAAUGAAACUAAAGGGCCUGAAAAAGCAACUGGCCUUACCUAUGAAAACUACAUAAUUCUUCAGGAUCUGUCAUUUUCAUGUAAAUAUAAAGUGACCGUUCAGCCAGCAAGAUCUAAAGGUCGUUUGAAGGCUGAAAGUAUUUUCUUUACCACCCCACCUUGCUCUGCUCUUAAAGGAAAAAAAAACCAGAUAGAGAAAUACAAUAAACUUGUCAAGAAACAGACUAUAACCCUGAGAUCUCAAGCUAUAUUAGCACCAUUUCAGCUGUUCCUCAAAAUUAAACUCAUUCUUUCACCUCAAAUUUUUGCAGCACCAGUUCUCCCCAAAGUGCUGGCCAAACCCGAGAAUCUAUCUGCCUCUUUCAUUGUUCAGGAAGUAAACAUUACGGGUCACUUUUCAUGGAAGAUAUCAAAGGCAAAUCUUCACCAGCCCAUGACAGGAUUUCAAGUCACCUGGGCAGAGGUUACUACAGAGAGCAGACAAAACAGCUUACCCAACAGCAUCAUUUCCCAGUCUCAGAUACUGCCAGCAGAUCACUAUGUGCUGACAGUGCCCAACCUGAGGCCCUCAACGCUUUACCGAUUAGAAGUGCAAGUGCUGACUACAGGCGGAGAGGGACCAGCUACAAUAAAAUCUUUUCGAACACCUGACCUGCUGCCACCUGCACCCCACAGACCUCAUCUGAAACAGCACCAUUCACAUCACUACAAGCCACCCCCAGAAAAAUACUAGACUGCUUCCUAGAGUCAACCAAGUAACAGAAAAAAAAACUGAGCUCCCACAAGAAGACUAGAAAAACGCACUUCUGUAGGAGCAAUUAAUCAAUUUUUUCCAGUGGAAGUUACAAUCCUGUAUGAUUUGUAGCUAUUUCUACAUAGUUUAGGCAUGAAGAAUAUCAUUUAUACCAAUGCUGGGAUGAAAUGUACAGCCAUUAUCAUGACAGUAUCCCCCCUAAUCUGCUAACUGAAGAUUUCAUCCAAUUCAAUACAUCUGAGAAAAAUGUAUGUUUGUUGUAAUAACAUCUUGUUUCCUAGAGUUAAAAUAGAAAGGUGCAGUGAAUAACAAAGGGUUUUGUUUUGUUAAUCUUUAUAACAAUAUUUGAAAUAUUUUUUUUUAUGUAUACAUAGUUUUGAAAGCCAGAUGCCAGAUCUUCAGCUGAGGUAAAUUAGCAUCUCUUGCUUGAACUCGGUGGAACUAUGCCAGUUUACACCAGCUAACCCCAUACAGUAAUAUAGUUUGCCAGAAAGGAGAUCUCUAGCUAAAGUUAGUAUGCAACCAAAUAAGCAGCAACAAUAGACACAUCUAAUUCAGUCUACAAUAGAAAAUACUAUUACAUGAACAAUAAAAAAGGAUAUUGUAGUGCGUGAUGUAUUUCCUUAGGGAAUAUUUUGUAUGGAAAUGGUACCAUGAAGCUCUCUUCUUACAAAAUGUGUUGACGGGGGACAUUUUCAAAGGCACAAAUGGCAGUUAGGUGCCUAUCUUUUGUUGAAGUUCUAUAGCAGCUGGAUACAUGCCUUUGAAAAUCUCCUAAUUUGCUGUUUGCUAUUUUGAAGGAAGCCAUAUAUAUUAUGACUGUAAGAGAACUAAAUAGGAAAUGUUCUCAUUUUGCACAUGGAAAUUCCAAGGCACAUGUUAUGUGAUUAGGUUUAGUGCUAUUUUGGAGCUUCUUUGGCAUUUUAGCAUGCAUGUCUAUGUUCCCCAAGGAUCUUUUAGAACAGCAGAAUAAAUGUACUAGCUACAUGCAUGGUGCUCCAAAGUAUGUGACAAUACACGGUUAUCUGGGAGUCAUUGGCUUAUAAUUUAUUUGAAUUCAUUUUUCAAAUUCAGGCAUAAAGUGUCCCUUGUUUUUUCAUGGGAGCACAGAUGACCUUAUUGAGCAAUGUAAACAGGCCACACAGAGAGACAGCCUUUAAUAGAAAGCAGAAAAGGCAUGGAUUUAUAAUAAAAAAUGAUGGAGAGGUUCUCUAUACACACUCUAUCCAUACAAAUAUUCCUGUUGAUGCAACCUCUUGUCCAAAAAAUUGCUGCCUGUGCAUUCUCAAGUUGCAGAAGGAGGAUGCUACAUCUCAAGAUUUCUGUAACUUAAAGUUGACAAAUAAACCAACAGUCACUUUAUGGAAUCUCCCAACAGCAAGUGCCACAAAAACAAACCAACCCACCCAAAUCUGACUACAGAUAUUCUGUACACUACUUCGUCCUGAGAUACCCAGAAGGAGAAAAAUACUCAGUGUCACAACAACAAUAAAUAUUUUGCAGAAAACCAAAUAAAUGAUAGUAAAAGUCAAGAGCCCCAUUGUAAUUUCUGAGUAGUUUGUUCAUUCAGUUUUUGCAACAUUUUAAUAUUUGUAGAGAAAAGAGAACUAGAGAUUAUUGCAUUAGUUCUGCUAUUCUCUUUGUAUUUCCUGGUACCUUUUUGAGAUAUACACUCAUGGAGCAAGUAACUUCACAAAGCUGUCUUUAGGACUACAAGUCCCAGGCUUUGGAUAAUUACUUCAUAAGGUAAUAAGGGCUGUUUAUGCUUUGACACUACAAAAACAAACAACCCUCCCUCACAAAAAACAAACAACCCCUCCCCACCUCCCACAUACCACAACUUCUUUUCCCUAUUACAUAAUGCAAUUAAGCUUUGAAGGGAACAGUAACUGACCGAAGGUCAAUUAUUUUCACCCAGCUGAAAUCUGAAAAUCUGACAUGCAUCAAAGUACUCAGAUCUUGUGAAAGAAAUUACUAAAUCUUUGCAAUUUGGCACCACUCAUACAUUUAAAUUGCAUUGGACUUAAAUAAGACAAGGAAAGUGCUCUGUGGUUAGAUUGUGGAACCUAAUUCCCUUAGGUUCCUUUGAAAACAUCAUCCUAAACCUUUUGGUGAGAUUCUAUUCUCAGUAACUCUGGAAUAAAUUAAGAAUAAAUUGACUGAUGUUAAUGAAGUUAUGAUGAUUUCACAUUGAUGUUACUGAGUGCAGACUUGGCCUCUGUCUUUUUGAAAUCCAACAUUGAUGACAAACCUUAGAUCAAAAAAGGUAGAAGCUGGCAAUUAACAGUUCUUGAUUAUUAUAUGGUAGAUCUUGAUUGUUGAGUGGAGUGUCGUAUUCCUCCAAAGGCUUUGAGCUGCUUGCUAGAUUUAUUAUUUUUUCUUAAUUGGAUGCUUCAGGAGGAGACUAAAGUUCAUUAAAAUAUUUAUAAAAUAGUCUGGAUUUUGUAUAUAUAUAUGAAAAAGUAAAUUAUUUAUUAUAGAAUCAAUCAAUGUCACUCAUACAAAACUGUCAAUGAACAAAUGCUAUUGAAUUUUGCUUGAAUAAGGUUAGCGGGAUUUGGCUUGGUCUUGGAGAUAAAAGUGAAGGAUCUGGAAGUGGCAUGAACAGAUUAUGGUUUGUAAAAAGAGAUGAUUACGACUGUAAUUUUACUCUUUAAUGAUCAGUUUCUCAAUUCAACAUUCAGCUAUAAAAAUUUCAUGGGAAUAAAUGAUCCUGAAAUCAUAAGAGUCAACCAGACUUAACAAAUGGGGCACUGAUUAUCUUAUUAGUUCAUAAAUACCAGCCAUUUUCAUAUAAUUAUUUGAAUUUAACAUCAUAUGUUUGAAGACUUUUAUGCCCAGAUCCAGUGAGAGUUAGGUACCUAAAUACUUUGAGGAAGAGGGUACCUAGUUCAUAAAUCCUCAUUUAUUGAAUUGUACAGGGUAUAUUACAGUUAAUCUAAUUUGACUAGCCUAAAUCAUGCUAACCUUGAUUUCAGCAACACAGUUUGAAAUCAUAUUUGAGAUUAUUAGUUAAAGAUAAUGUUCUAUUUUUUUUCUCAGUUUCUCAUCAAUAAAGGUCUAAUAUGGAUAGUGGGAUAUUUCUAAGUAUACUGCACCUUUCACUUACAUAUUACUAGCUUACUUAGCAUACUAUUCUGAUUGAUUGAUCAGGUAAAUCCUGGAUGACAUACAUAUUGUUUGCUAUUUUUUUCCUAAUGGAAAAUUAUAGAAUUAUGCCAUUUUGCUCUAACAUUUUAGUGCAUUUGAAACUGUUUUUUACAUUGAAUACUGUUUAAGAAUGAGAUUUGUUUUAAUGGCAAUUAAUUGUUGAGUUUUUUGUAGAGCAGAGUAAGGACUAGAAAAUAUUUCAGUCUUAAAACGUAAAAGGAGAAAUGUGCCAUACUAAUAUGGGUGUUGUGAUAGUCACUUGGAAUAUUGCUGAAGGGGACAAGAACUUCUUACAUAUUAAAGGUCUGAAUUGCAAGACAUUGAACACCUUCAACAUUCACAGAAUUCAUCUGGAGUUGAGGGCAUAAUGUAGCUACUGACAGGUGGCAAUAGUACCUUGCAAGAUCACGCACAAAAUCAAAGAAACUGGCCUGUUCUUGCAUCGUGAAUGGGAGUUUUACUUUUGCCUUCAGUGGAAGCAGGAUCAAGUAUGAAUUACUUCAGAGGCCUAAUCUGAAUUCCUUUCCUUUCAUAAGCAAGACUCUCAUUGAAAUCACUGAGAGUACUGGACAUAGAGGCCCUGCUUCAGGAAAUCAUUGCUAUUCAGGACAGAAAUUAAGCUCGUGUUUAACUGCAUUGAUGUUAAUAGGACAUAAGCAUGUGUUUAAAUUAAACAUGUAUUUAAUUUCUGUCUUGAAUAGGAAUGGACUUAAGUAUGCCCUUACGUACUUUCCUAAAUCAGCGCCUUAAAGAUGACAGGAUAUGGCCCAGACUGUUUUAAAUCCCUUGUACAACACCCUUUAAAAUGUAUUUUUGUCCUAUGUAUCUGUAAAGGUAUUUGUGAUAUUGACUUAUUUAUUAAUUCCUUUUCUUUCCCUGUAUACCAAGUAUAUUCUGACAUUUUUAUCAGUACCUGUGAACAUCAGUUAUUAUACAUACUGUUAAGCAAACUUGUGCAUUGUAACCCAGAAUCUGAUGCUAAUAAGCUGUUGCAUGUAGUUUAAAUAAAUAAAUAAAACUUUAUUUAAAAAUGUAAAUCAAUACCUGCAGAUGUGGAUGAUGAUUAUAUAUGGUUUUGCAUGCCCAAACUCAUUGUUCAGUUAUAGGCAUGAAGUGUAAUGACUGUCUUACCUCUACUGAAUAUAUUAGUAAAAUACAAUUUACGAAGUAAUUAACAGAGGUCUAUAUGUAAAAUUAUUUUUCCUUUUUACUUAAUUAUAUUGUAGUUCAGAUAUGACAGAACUGCUGAUCUGUCACUGAAAUUGUCUGUAGAAAUUAUGUUCCCAUAACUGUCAUUUAAAGUCAAUAUUUAUUUAUGUAUGUAAUACAGAAGGGUUGAUUUGUGAGUAUGUGUCUGUUAUGUUAUUUAGAACAAAAAUGCUUCUUGUAAAAACAUUUUGUAAAAAACAAAUGUAAUUGUAAAUAGAGUCUGAUACUCUGUUACUCAGUAUUUUUAUGUUUAGAAUUUGUACAUACUGUUUAAGUAAUAAACUAUCCCUCUACAUGGAAA